AUGGCGACCGCCAAGAGUCUUUGGCUUGCUGCAAUACUCCUCUUUGUGUUGAAGCUUUGGUACUUGGGAGCAAGUCCAUUGGAGGCGUGUGCUUGCUUCAUCAAGGGCUGUUUGCAAGCUUUGACGCCAUGUAGCAUUGUGGCUGGCGCAAUCUUUCUCUUCGAUUGCAUGGAGUCUUCUCAAUGCUUGGCUUGGAUGAAGGUGCAGUUGCGUUUGGUGACCAAUUCGCACCCCAUUGCCGAGGUGAUGCUCAUCGGCUUUUGCUUCGCCUUUGUUGUCGAAGGUGCCUCUGGCUUUGGCACUCCCGCUGCCUUGGCCGCUCCCAUGCUAUACUCCAUGGGCCACCCAAAGAUGGAAUGUGUCAUUUGCUUGCUUUGUUUCAACACCUGCAUGACCAUCUUUGGCGCGGUUGGCACCCCCGUGUGGUUCGGCAUUGGAGAAGUUGUUCCUGACUAUGCUGAAGCGGACCUGCUCCAAGUGGGCUUCAAUGCAGCGAUUGCGUUGGGAGCAGCUGCGGUUGCUGUGGUGCCCGGUGUUGUUUACAUCAUCGUGCCAUGGGAUGAGGUCCGCCCCAGUUUGCUCUUCAUCUACAUGAGUACUUUGAGUUGCGUCCUGCCUCUCAUUGGCCUUUCCUUCGUGAACUAUGAGUUCCCAACCUUGGCUGCAGGCAUCGUGGGCCUUUGCGUCACCACUGUCCUGACCGUUUGUGGGAUUGGCCUGGGGCCCCACAAUCGCAACCAGGAGGAUCUUGAAGAUCCUGAGCUCGGUCCUGAAAAUGUGAUUCCCCAAACUGAGCAGGAUCAGAAGGAUAUUCAUAAUGUGGAGAUGGAAUCGAUGGGAGUGGAGAAGCUGGAGAAGAUUCCCAGUGAGAAGCUCCUUGAAAACCCCUUGGCCAAUGCCGACUCAAAGAUCUUUGACGCUGACCAGUGGGAUCUCAUGAUCACGGGCAAGGCUCCAACUGUGGCCAUGGCUGUUGAGGAAGGGCAGCUCAACACAACCGAUUCCAAGCGCACCAUGAAUGGAAGAGAUGCGCCUGCUCGAGAUCGGUCAAACAAAAGCGUCAAGAGCUUCAAGAGUGUCAGGAGCGUGAAGAGCGUCAAGCAGAUGGCAGUGAAUCACGAGGUUGAAGUUUGUGGCAAGACGCUGAAGAAGUUCCACAAAGCACGUCACAUGUCCAUCCUUCCCAAAAAGAUUGCAGACCUUCUGAAUCAUGACUCAGAGAAUUCUGAAGAACCCCGAAAGCGAAAGCACAAAGUAGACAUCCAUGAUGGGGACGCCGAGCACUUUGCCGAGUUUCGCCUCUUUGAUGCAAUCUUUCGCACCAUGCCCCUGUGGCUCACCGUCUUGCUCCUGAUCUUGACAAGGAUCGAGCCCAUUGGCCUGAAGGGUGCACUUCGGAUCAAGGAGCCCAAGAUCGUGGAUGGGGAUUUGGGCACUUUGGGGCAUUUGAGCAUCUCACCAGUGGGUCGGUUUGCUCUUAGUGGCAUCUUGGGAACAAGCAUUGGCUGGACCUAUGAGUUGCUCUACAUCCCCUUCAUUUUGCCGUUUGUCGUAGCGGGCUGUGCACCUUUGAUGGUGUUUCGCAGAGAGUUGGAAGAAUCACCAAUGCAAAUCCUCAAAUCGGUGAUGACCCGAAUCAAGGGUCCUGCCAUUGCAUUGAGUGGUGCAUUGGUCUUGGUGGAGCUCUUGCGAACAUCGGAUGCUUUGAAAGAUGCACCUGCUGUGAUCAUUGGAACACGACUUUCAGAGACUUUGAGUCAUGGCUUCAUGGCCCUCUCCUUUCCCUUGGGUGCUCUGGGCUCCUUCUUCAGCGGCUCAACCACGGUGUCUUGCCUCACCUUUACACAGGUGCAGAAGGUCGCAGCCGAGAAGCUGAACUUGUCAUCCCAUGCACUGAUUGCCUUGCAGCUUUGUGGGGCUUCGAGUGGCAACGCCUUUUGCCUCUCAAACAUCAUUGCAGCGACUGCAGUCAUUGGCUUGCACGUGCCCGAGGGAAUGAUUGUCAAGCGGGUGUUGAAGCCCGUCUUUGCGCAAUUCGUGGUUUGCACACUUGUUCUCCUACCGUUCAUUUAUGCGUAA